AGUCACGAGCGACGGUGGAAGUUGCAACAGAAGUUUCAACAGAACUCGAAUUUUCCCUUUUAGUCUUGGUUUUGUUAAUCUGGAAAGAAGAUGAAGUGCAGUCUUUCUGUCUUGUUUCUUAUCGUCUUCAAUGUGAACCAGAUCAGUGGUAAUGGCUUGUCACAGCCUACAGGUCGUGGAGCUGACGUUGAUACCGAUAUUGACGUAGAGGAAGCUCUUUUACUAGGAAAUCCUAUUGACGUGGAGGAAGCAAAGUUUGGGAGUGAUAUUGACGUAGAGGAAGCUCUUUUACUGGGAAAUCCUGUUGACGUAGAUGAAUCUCUUCUACUAGGAAAUCCUGUUGACGUAGAGGAAUCUCUUCUACUUGGAAAUCCUGUUGACGUAAUAGAAUCUCUUCUACUAGGAAAUCCUGUUGACGUAGAGGAAUCUCUUCUACUUGGAAAUCCUGUUGACGUAGAGGAAUCUCUUCUACUAGGAAAUCCUGUUGACGUAGAGGAAUCUCUUCUACUUGGAAAUCCUGUUGACGUAGAGGAAUCUCUUCUACUUGGAAAUCAAUGAUCGGAGGGACCUUCUUGGUCGAUUUGACGUCAUACUGCUGUGUAAACUCUCAUUACCAUAGUUACCACAAGAUGGAGUCACACCCAAACCAAAUUUAGAUAUUCUUCUACAAUAUCAGCAACAUGAAGUAACACAAUUAGUUUCUGUAACGUGUAUCAGUUUUAAAUGAGAGCAUACGUGAAUGGAAAUAAUAAAAAAGACUAGUAUUGCUUAUUCGUGGCUUAUUAAUUUCAACUCUUUAUUUGAAAUAUGAGAUUCUUACACUGUAAAAACGUAUUCAAAAAUUGUUAAGCAACACCGUUUAAAGCCCCCUCACACCUGACCGAAUAUAGGCGGACGAAGGGUGACGUACGAAUGGGGAAAAUGCAUACGAAUUCAACAAAUUCAAAUAAAAUUUCCGUCAAAUCAUGCGAUCAGUAACUAUUAUGACUAUUGUCAAAUUUUAUUCCCCAGAUAUUAUCGGACAGGUUAAAGUGUGUUUUACCAUGGUAAUUCGAAAAAUUUAUGUAUUGCAAUUGGAUCCAGCAAUGUAGCCAUGUAGACUCAAAAGUACCCCUGUCCCUUCAGGGUUGAUAAUGUAGUCUCAUUUUGGUCAUCAUUACUAUUUUAACAAUAUAAUGAAUAGUGAUAUUUACUCAUUUUAUUAAGGUUUAUGUUUUGCUGAGUAUAUUCACGUUUCCAUCUAUACAUAUACCUCGAAAGAAAGAAUAAAUUAUUAUAGUUGCAAUGUGUUUCAUAAUGGGAAGUAUUUUAAUGUCAAAAGAGAUGCGACAAAGUCAACCAUAAUUCUUCUAUGAUUUUGACAAUUAAAUUUGUUGAGCAGGUCCAUAACUAUACAAA